AUGAAUAUAGCAGAUGUUUCCAGUAGUGCGUUUUUAUCUAUCUGUCUAUAUUAUUCACAUCUAUAUAUGCCUAUUAAUAACUCAGCAUAUUCUUACCUAUCUAUACUUGUAAAUAUCUCAGUCUAUGAGUAUCAAAGCGCGUCAUUAUAUCGAGCUAGCCGUCACCGAUCGUUCAGAUCUAGGUUUGUAAAUUCACAUCUAUCUAUUGAUGUCUUUUCUAAUCUAUCUCACUUGCACAUUUACAAAACUUCACACAAUUUCAUUUAUUGCUUUUCCUUCCCUUCAUUUGUUUAUAUUAAUUCAUCCUUUCUUUCUUCUUUCCUUUCAAAACGUCUUUCAUCCUUCCUAUUUUUCCACUUUCCAUUUACCCUUCCUUCCUUAAUACCACUCAGCCUUUUCUUUUUCUUUGCUCCCUUAUUUCAUAAUAUUCUUUCUCUUUUCCUUCCUCCUUCUCUUGUAACCUUUCUUUCACAUUUUUCUUCCUUUACCCCUUCCUUUCUUUCCAAUUUGUCUUCCUUCCUUCCUUCCUUCCUUCCUUGUAACUUGCUUUCUUUCCAAUUCCCCCCAUUCCUCUUUUCCUUCCUUCCUCUCUAA